AUGACUUUACCAGAAUCUAAAGAUUUUUCUUACUUAUUUUCUGAUGAAACUAAUGCCCGUAAACCAUCUCCUUUAAAGACUUGUAUUCAUUUAUUCAACGAUCCUAAUAUCAUCUUCUUAGGUGGUGGUUUACCAUUGAGUGAUUAUUUCCCAUGGACUCAAGUUACUUCAAAGUCCCCUUUACCACCAUUUAAUAAAGGUAUCGGUGCAAAGUUAUCUGAUAGUGAAACUGAUACUUUGACUUAUACUGUUGAAAGAGAUUCAAAAGCUGAAGAUUUCGACAUUCCUUUUUCAAAGUCUUUACAAUAUGGUUUCACUCAAGGUCACCCAGAUUUAUUGAAUUUCUUAAAGGAACAUACUGGUUUAAUUCAUAAAAUGAAUUAUUCUGAUUGGGAUAUUAUCUUAACUACUGGUAACACUAAUGGUUGGGAAUCCACUUUAAGAGUUUUCUGUAACAAAGGUGAUGUUAUCUUGGCUGAAGCUCAUUCUUUCUCUUCUUCAUUAGCAUCCGCUGAAGCCCAAGGUAUUACUACUUUCCCUAUCCCAAUUGAUGAACACGGUAUCAUUCCUGAAAAAUUAGAAGAAAUAUUAGAUAACUGGACUCCAGGUGCUCCAAAGCCAAAAUUGUUAUAUACUAUCCCAACUGGUCAAAACCCAACUGGUACCUCUUUAGCUGAUGAAAGAAAAGUUGAAAUUUACAGAAUUGCUUGUAAACACGAUUUCUUAAUCAUUGAAGAUGAACCAUACUACUUCUUACAAAUGGGUGAAUACAUUGCUGAUUUGGAUGAAAGAAAGAAAGUUCAAGAUGUUCCAAAACCAACCCAUGACCAAUUUUUGGGUUCUUUGGCUAAAACUUUCUUAUCUGUCGAUACUGAAGGUCGUGUCAUUAGAAUGGAUUCUUUCUCAAAAGUUUUGGCUCCAGGUUCAAGAUUAGGUUGGUUAACUGGUUCUAAGAAACUUCUACAACCAUACAUUAGUUUACAUGAAAUGACUGUCCAAGCCGCUUCAGGUUUCACACAAUCCUUGGUUAAUGGUUUAUUACAACGUUGGGGUCAAGAUGGUUAUAUUGAUUGGUUAAUCGGUCUACGUCAUGAAUACACUUUAAAGCGUGAUAACGCUAUUGACGCUUUGUAUGAAUACGCUCCUAAACACGAAGCCUUCAAAAUUAACCCACCAAUUGCUGGUAUGUUCUUCACCAUCAAUAUCGAUGCCAGUAUCCAUCCUGAAUUUGAAACUAAAUUCCAAUCUAAUCCUGCCAUGGUCGAACAGUACAUUUACGAUAAAGUUGUAAGAAGCGGUGUCUUAGUGGUCCCAGGUGCUUGGUUCAGAACUGAAGGUGAAACAAAUCCACCACAACCAAAAGAAUCUAAACAAGGUGGUAACGCCAAUGAAAUUUUCUUCAGAGGUACUUAUGCUGCUGUUUCUCCAGAAAAGUUAAGAGAAGGUUUGAAAAGAUUAGGUGACGCAUUGCAUGAAGAAUUCCAAAUUGCUAAGUAA